UAGGUCUAUCUCUCCUCAAAGAAAGCGAAUUUUGAGAUCUUUGUGUGUUCUUUUGCUCAGUUGUGUCUGCUUCUUGCGCAGCAGCGCUAGCUGAUGUAUAUCUUCCUUUGUUGUACCUGGGCUAAAGGAUUCGCCCCUCAGCCUCGUUGAUAUACCACAGUUGAAAGCCGCCCUUCUCCAAAACUCAGAGACCUCUUUCUCGGCCCCAAACCAAACCGGAUCAGCACCGUACAUGCAAGCACUAGAACACGACUAGGCGUCUAUUUUCGACGCAAUUCCCCCGUGUGCUGCCAACGACGUCCCUGGUACCCUAUCAGGGCCAAGAGCCACGACGCUUGACAUCUGAUUCUACCAAUACUGCUCUUCCUCCCUGUAGCCUCAAAGUCUGUCUCAAAUUAGAACUCGCGGGCGCGCGCGCCUCGAACAAAACCCUCUACCUGCCCACGAGUUGAAGACCCCGUCUUGUCUUCCCUCGAUAGCUGGUCUCUAUCUGUAAUCUUUGUUCUUCAAGGCAUCAUCUGUAUCCUGUCACAUCACAGCAUAUCAUCGUCGCUCUGGUAUUCGACCUCCCCUUCGUGUGCGGACUUGCAACCGUUAUUUUUUCUUUUCCAUAGAUUUCUUCCUAUCCAAAUAUGUCCAUACCAAACGAAAAGAAACGACCCGAACCAUUAACACGAGAACGAACAUCAUCGAGCUCCUCGGACCAAUCCCUGAAGGUCCCUCGAACGCCGCGGUUUGCUGAAGCAACGACGGUAUAUUCUCCAAUAGAGGCCAGUGAAGACAGCCGGUCUCCUUUCGCAGAUCCACCCGCCACCAAAACACAGUCCUAUAUGGCGCAAUCACAGCCAUCAGAUAUUGGCUUCGGCUACAUCUCACAAAAUGACCCAUCGCGGCAGACCGUUGAGGUCCCACUCACACCUGGCUCGCCAUUGAAGAGUGCCAUGAAGGUGCCAGGUACUCCAGGAAGACGGAUCGACAAUCCAUUGAGUCCAACAUUCAGAGAAGAGCAGAUGUUGGAGAAGCAAGAGGAAGUCACGGAAAAGGAGCAAGCGAAGGAUCUGAAAAUCAAGAUACGAGUCCGGAUGGCCAAGUUUGUGCUACGGGGCGUCAAUUUCAGUUGCAGUCUUAUCGUUCUUGCUAUGAUCGCGACGACAUUCCAAAUAUUCAACGCUACGAGGCAUCUGGCACCACGAAACAAUCUCCCACCUUGGGCAAAGAAUACUCAAACAUGGCCACAACUGGUCAUCCUCAUUGUAGCAUGCAUUUCUCUGGCUCUCUGCUUGGUUGUUUUCUGGAACUACUUCCGAGGCGGACACAAGCGAGCAGAAAAGGUUGCGGUCUAUUACACUCUCUUCGCUGUGGCAUUCUUCAUCUUCAGCGUUGUCAUGUGGGGUAUUGCAGCCGGAAUUCUUCAGGGCUCGAAAUCAAACAGCAAUAACAAGGAUAUCUGGGGUUGGUCAUGCGUCGACAACAAGAGGAAGCAGCUCUUCCAGGAAGAAGUUGACUACGAGCUUAUUUGCAGAUUGAACGUAAGUUUAAGAAUUUUGCCCCAGUCAAGAUCCAUUACUAACAGUCACUUCAGAACUGGGCACUUGUUUGCUGCAUCAUUGAGAUUGUCCUUGAGAGCAUUACGAUUCUCCUCUACGCAGUUGUCUUUUAUAGAUACUACUCCAAGCAACGCCUACGCAAGUCUAUGGAUGUCCGUGACCGCGCCCGCUCCGAUCUCUACCUCGCGCAACUCCGCUCGCAAUCAGCACCGAACACUCCAGGCUUUGGCCCAAUGUCACCGUCCUUCUCCCAGCACAUGAAAUCGCCUCGCUUCCCACCAUCCGCCUACAACAACUCCAGCAUCGCCGAAGAAGGCUUCGCUGGACCUGGAACACGCUUCGUAGAAGCCAAACCAGAGCACACCAUCGCCGCGAAGCCCUUCGCUCUUCAACCGCCACCCAUCAAGAUCCACAACGCCACUCCAAAGACUCCUCAGAACGGCUUCGACGCACCAGCGCCAAAGCCAAAGGAGAGAGUUAUCGAGCACGCAGCCGCCGCACCAGGUGAGCAACAAUACGCCGCUGUUCCAAUUCCCGGCGCCUACGCGAGCCCUUUGACGAGCCCCGGUCUCGCACAACCACAACACCGCAGAUUCGGAAGUGUCGGAGAGGCAAUUACGAGCGACAGGAGGAUCGAGAGCCCUCCUGGAUCUCCAAGAGGGUGGAAUUGAACAGGGAAAAUUGUCUGUUGAGGUGUUGGAAGACAGUUGUAUUCAUUUCUUGAGAGCCUGAAGGCACAGCCCUUUUUCCAGUUGGGAGACCAAAUAAACCCUUUUUGUGUGUAUGGAGUUUUGGGAUAUAUCAAUAUGUUUUGGAACGGAAAUUUGGGGAAGGUGCAAAUGAAAGAAUUGUAUGUCACACUCGCUGGACGUCUACUAGCUGUUAAUAUGGAUCAAAUAUAUGGAU